AUGGCCGUCGGGCCACCGACGGGAGGAUCCGGCAAUCCUCCUCCACACCCGGCCCCGCCGGUGCAACCGCAUCCGAUCCUCGCGCCCAGCCCACUCUUUGCCUUACCGACGCUGAACUUUACCGCGUCGCAGGUCGCGACCGUCUGCGAAACGCUGGAGGAGUCCGGCGACAUCGAGCGGCUGGCGCGGUUCCUAUGGAGCCUGCCGGUGGCGCACCCGAACGUGACCGAGCUCGACCGCUCCGAGGCGGUGCUGCGAGCCCGGGCCAUCGUCGCCUACCACACGGGCCACUUUCGCGAACUCUACUCGAUACUCGAGCGGCACAAGUUCACAAAAACGUCCCACGGCAAGCUGCAGGCUAUGUGGCUCGAGGCGCACUACCACGAGGCGGAAAAGCUCCGCGGACGACCGCUGGGCCCAGUCGAUAAGUAUCGCGUCCGGAAGAAAUUUCCGCUACCGCGCACGAUCUGGGACGGCGAGCAGAAGACGCACUGCUUCAAGGAGCGGACGCGCAGUCUGCUGCGCGAAUGGUACCUCCAGGAUCCGUACCCGAACCCGACGAAGAAGCGCGAGCUGGCGCAGGCGACCGGCCUCACCCCGACGCAGGUGGGAAAUUGGUUUAAAAACCGACGCCAGCGGGACCGUGCGGCUGCGGCGAAAAAUAGACACAAUCAGCCACCACUGUCCGGGUCCGGAUCGUCCUCGCUGACGCCGAGGCGCGGCGACGGUCCGCUGUCGCCGACGGACACCGACUCCGACUCGGACAUCUCGCUCGGCACGCACUCGCCAGUUCCUAGUAUGUCGAUGCAGCACAGUCCCAGCUCGCUGCCGGGCUCGAGCGAGGACCGGCUGAACGACGAGCGUGACCGCGAGAAGGACUUCCGGAGUAGCUUCGCCUCGCUGCAUUCCUUCCGCUUCGGGGACCACCUGACCGGCGGUCUGAUACCUGGUUCGUUCAACAGUAGAUUCAUGCCUUACCGUCUGGGCGACAAUUCGCCACCGAUCGCCACCCACUCGCCACCGAUCGGCCUGACACACCUGCCCCUCACCCCGACCGUCCUCCGGCCGCAGCCCCACCUGCCCCACUCGCUCGCCGUCAGUGCGGCGUCCCUCGGAGCGGCCGGAGCGGGAGUCCUCACGACCGCCGUCAGCAUGAGCGACUCGCCCGGCAGCAACAGCAGCGCCACCUCAGCCUCCCUGGGCAAUGCGCUCGGCGGCGGACCCACCCCCACGCCAACCGGCGCUUCCCUCAAGGAUCUGCAGCAUCCCGGCGACCACUCGUCCACCGACGGACGCCCCGGCACGCCCAACUCCGAAGGCAGUCCGCACUCGCACACGCACAACGGUAGCACGGGUUCGAUGCCGCCCGGUAGCACACCGACCUCCACCAACCAACCGCCAAUGUCCCCCCUCAGAAUACGGGUCAGUUCCCCCUCGCGGCUAAACGCGGAACUCCUGCAUCAUACGGCGGUGGCGGCGGCGGCGGCAGCGGCAGCGGCUGCCUCCCAGCAACCACAGCACCACCCACUCCCCCUGCAUCAUCCCCAUCAUCCGCUGCACGUCCACCACCAUCCGCACCAUGCACAUCAUCACGCGCACCAUGCGCACCAGACGCACGCACACCAUCACGCGGCGGCCCUGACGGCGGCCAGCAUGAUGAACGGACUGAGCGCGGGCGGCAUCGUGCGGAUCGUGCCCGGGGCGACCAACCCCAACACCACCAACACCACCACCACCACCUCGCUCAUCCAUCGGCCCUUCUCACCGUCGCCGAAGCCGAAGGAGGCGUCGUGA